AUGGCUAAUCAAUCUUGGCUAAAUCAUUUUACAACUGCUGAAGUGAGCUUUCUUAAUGCGGGUCUCUUUGAUCCUUCCCCUGCCUUACUUACGGUAUAUCCUGAUUUUACUAGUGGCAAAAAACCAUUCAAAUAUUUUCGAAUGUGGAAUUUUUACCCAAAUUUUCAUGAUCAGAUUCUUAUUGAUUGGAGUAGGCCUAUUAGUGGAACUAAGAUGUACAUAGUUGUUCAGAAACUUCGAAGACUUAAGGGCCUUUUGAAAGAUAUUAAUAAGUGUGGUUUUAAUGAUAUUCAUACAUCUGAUCUGAAUGCCUCUAGAGUAUUAUCUGAUUGUCAGGAACAAUUAAUGAGAGAUCCUCUUAAUGCUGAUGUGAUUAAGUUGGAAGGGGAUGCUAGAGAAAAGUAUGCUGCAGUUCACAAGUCUUACUGCUCUUUUCUGCAUCAAAAAGCUAAAAUUCACUGGAUUAAAGAGGGGGAUGAUAAUACAGCCUUUUUUCAUGCUAGCAUUCGAGAUAGAAGAAGUCAAAAUAGAAUUUAUUCCAUCACAACUGAUUCUGGUGAGUGGAUUGAUCAGCCAGAAAUGGUAGCAUAUGUUUUUGUCAGUUAUUAUAAGAAUUUGUUGGGUAGUUGUCUGACAGAUAGAAAGAGGGUAAUUACAAGCUUAGUUACUGAAGGUCCUAUACUUUCUAGAGAGCAAUCAGAGCUUUUGUUGAUGCCCUUCACUAGAGAGAAUGUUAAACUUGCUCUUUUUGAUAUUCCUGGCAGCAAGGCUCCUGGUCCUGAUGGGUUACGGUCUAUCUUGUCUGAGAUAAUUGCUCAAAAUCAAGGUGGGUUUGUUAAGGGGAGAUCUAUUGCUCACAAGAUCAUGAUUUGCCAAGAUCUUGUUCGGCAUUAUGGGAGGAAAUCUGGUAAAGCUAAAUGUCUAAUCAAAUUGGAUUUGCGGAAAGCGUAUGAUACUCUUGAAUGUGAUUUUAUUGAGGAAAUGCUUGAAGCUUUUAAUUUUCCUGCCAAGUUCAUUUCUCUUGUAAUGCAGAUCAUGCAAAUGAUAGGUCGGAAAGAUGAUUUCAAGUUUCAUGAGCGAUGUGAGAGACUUCAGCUUAAUCAUCUUAUUUUUGCGGAUGAUGUUCUACUCUUUUGUCAAGGUGAGUAUAAAUCCAUCUAUUAUAUGUUGCAAGGUCUUAAGCUAUUUUCUGAAUCUUCUGGUCUCAUUCCGAAUGAUUCAAAGUCUUCCAUCUACUGUUGUGGUAUGAAUGACUAUGAGAUUCAGCAAGUUUUGGAUGCUUCGGGGUUCUGUAGGAGUUCCUUGCCUUUUAAAUACCUGGGAAUGCCCAUCUGUUCCAAGAGAAUAUCAGUGAAGGAGUGUGAAGUUUUAAUAGAUAAAAUGCUGCUCGGAUUAGGUGUUGGAGUUCAAGAAAUAUUUCGUUUGCUGGGCGUGUGA